AUGCGGAACUACAACGGUAAAAUUGGUAACGCGAAACCCCCCUUUUCAUACAUCUCACUCAUAACAAUGGCGAUACAACGAUCCGAAUCGAGAAUGCUGACGCUUUCUGAGAUAUAUCAGUUCAUAAUGGAUAACUACGCUUAUUAUCGACAGAACCAGCAAAGGUCAGCCGGGUGGCAGAAUUCAAUUCGACAUUCGCUUAGCUUUAACGAUUGUUUCGUGAAGGUGCCCAGGACACCCGAUAAACCGGGCAAAGGAAGUUUCUGGACUCUGCAUGAAGACUGCGGUAAUAUGUUCGAGAAUGGAUGCUAUCUUCGGCGGCAGAAACGCUUUAAGAUUGGUGAUGGAAAACCGACGAAAACUCGAAAACUGACUGCGCAUGCGCAUAAUAGAGUUGCUACAGUGAAGGAGGAGCAUGAUGCUUCGGAUUAUAUGGAGUCAAAGAGCGCGAGUAUUGGUGAUAUCAAGACGGUACCACUCGGUACUCAAAAGCAACCCACUACCACAUGUUCACCGACGAGUGAGGUAAAUCCUUAUGCCAGUCAAUACUCAUCCUUUGGGUUGUACUCGAACGGCGCAGUACCGGGUGUUACGGAUCUGUCGCAAUCCACACUACCCGCAUUGACGCCGAGCGCCUUCCGGAUCGGAAAUCUAAUCGACAAUUGCAGUGUUUAUAAUAAUAUGUAUGCCCCUCAACCGUCAGCCAGCUUGGCCGAAUACCCUUAUCAACAGACAUUGUACAGCUCAAACAAUCCGAAUUCACUACCAAAUUUGUGA